CCGUCCAUAUAAAAUGAGAAAAUAAAGAGGUAACAUGAGUGAUCCGCGCACACAGCACAAAGAAAAAGUGUGGGCUGAAAGGAGAGAGAGAGAAAAGUUCGUUUGGAGACGUUAUCGGACUCCAAAUCUACAUUCCGCCGGAUUUUGGGAACCCGAUUUUGGGUUUCUUGAGGGGCAAUUGUGGAGCGUCUCAUGAUGUUUACGCCACAAAGGAAGGUGUGGUCUAGCUGGUCGCUCACACCACGGAGCGAGGCCCAGAAGAGCGGAGCUGGGUCGGAUCCCAAUACGAAUGUGAAUGGUGCAAAGAACCUGAAUUCUGUAGACGGGAGCCUUUUGAAGGGAAAGACUGUGGCUUUUGCUGAGCCGGUGACUCCUAAUGGUGUCGGAUCUGCCUUAGAAGGUGAUGUGUUGGAGAAGAUUUCAAAGCUCGAAAGCGAGCUGUUUGACUAUCAAUACAAUAUGGGACUUUUGUUGAUUGAGAAGAAAGAGUGGAAUUCCAAGUAUGAAGAACUCAGGCAGGCAAUUACAGAAACUACAGAUGCACUUAAGCGAGAACAAGCAGCACAUUUGAUUGCAAUCUCUGAUGCUGAGAGACGAGAGGAGCAUUUGAAGAAGGCCUUGGGUGUUGAGAAACAGUGUGUGCUUGAUUUGGAGAAGGCAGUGCGUGAGAUGCGUGCAGAAAAUGCCGAACUGAAGUUUACAGCUGACUCAAAAUUGGCUGAAGCAAAUGCUUUGAUCACUAGUGUUGAAGAGAAAUCCUUGGAAAUAGAGGCAAAAUUGCGAGCUGCUGAUGCCAAGCUUGCCGAAGUGAGUAGAAAGAGUUCAGAGGUUGAUAGGAAAUCGCAGGAUAUGGAAUCUCGUGAAAGUGCUCUUAAGAGGGAGCGCUUGUCAUUUAUUGCAGAGAGAGAAGCACACGAGUCUGCUUUAUCUAGGCAAAGAGAAGACUUGCGAGAAUGGGAAAGAAAAUUACAAGAGGGAGAAGAAAGGCUAUCCAAAGCUCAAAGAAUUAUCAACCAAAGAGAGGAAAGGGCCAAUGAGAAUGAUAGGAUCUUUAAGCUAAAAGAGAAGGACCUCGAAGAGGCACAAAAAAAGAUUGAUGAAGCAAACUCAAUCUUGAAAAGUAAAGAAGAUGAUAUUAACAGCAGACUGGCUAAUCUGACUCUAAAAGAAAAGGAAUUUGAUGCUACAAGAAAGAAACUAGAGAUGAAAGAGGAAGAGUUGCAUGCAUUGGAAGAAAAGCUAAAUGAUAGAGAAAAAGUUGAGAUUCAGAAGCUCAUUGAUGAACACGAUGCCAUUUUGGAUGGCAAAAAGCGUGAAUUUGAAUUGGAAGCUGAGGAGAAGAGGAAAUCUCUGGAUGAGGACCUGAAAAGCAAGGUGGUUGAAGUGGAGAAGAAGGAAGUUGAAAUCAAGCAUAUGGAGGAGAAAAUUCUGAAAAGGGAGCAAGCCUUAGAUAAAAGAUUGGAUAAGAUCAAGGAGAAAGAGAAAGAUUUUGAGUCAAAAUCAAAAACACUGAAGGAAAGGGAGAAGAUCAUCAGAUCUGAGGAAAAGAACUUGGAGACAGAGAGACGGCAAGUAAAUGCUGAUAGAGAGGAUUUUUUGAAUCUCAAGGCUGAACUUGAGAAGAUACGAGCUGCCAAUGAAGAACAGCUACUGAAGAUUUGUGAAGAGAAGGAACAGCUAAAAGUAAGUGAGGAAGAGAGGGCUGAGUAUGUUCGCUUGCAAUCUGAACUAAAAGAGGAAAUAGAGAAGUGCAGGCGUCAGGAAGGAUUGCUUUUGAAGGAGGCUGAAGAUUUAAAGCAGCAAAAGGAGAAAUUUGAGAGGGAGUGGGAAGAUCUGGAUGAGAAAAGGGCUGAGAUUGAGAAAGAGCUGAAGAGCAUCAGCGAGCAGAAGGAGAAGUUUGAAAAGCAGAAAGUUUCAGAAGAAGAAAGAAUAAAAGAUGAAAAGAAGGCAGUGGAAGACUAUGUAAAACGGGAGAGGGAAGCUCUUGAAAUGGCCAAAGAAUCUUUUGAGGCCAACAUGGAGCAUGAACGAUCUGUAUUAGCUGAGAAAGCACAAAGUGAGAAGAAGCAAAUGCUUUAUGAGUUUGAGCUGCAAAAGAGUGAACUUGAGAAUGAUUUGCAGAAAAGGCAGGAGGAGAUGGAAAAUCUUUUGCGCAAGAAAGACAAAUUGUUUGAGGAAGAGAAAGAGAGAGAAUUAAAUAACAUUAAUUUCUUAAGAGAUUUAGCUAGAAGAGAAAUGGAAGAAAUGAAAUUGGAAAGAACUAAGAUAGAAAAAGAAAGGCAAGAAAUUGAAGAAAAUAAAAAGCAUCUCCAAGAGCAACAACUUGAAAUGCGAGAAGAUAUUGAUAAGCUUGGUGAUCUUAGCAGGAAACUGAAGGACCACAGAGAACAAUUUAUUAAGGAGAAAGAACGCUUUAUUUUGUUUGUUGAGCAGCACAAGAGUUGCAAGAACUGUGGUGAAAUAACUUCUGAGUUUGUGCUUUCUGAUAUAAUAGCAUCAAAAGAAAUUGAGAAUGCUGAGGUCCUUCCAAAACAAGGAUUGGUUAAUAAUAAUGUAAUAGGAGAUGAUAAUCAAAAUCUAGCAGCUCCUGCAAGGCAAGAGAUUGAUAAAUCUCCCACAGCAGUUCCAUCAGUAUCUCCAGUUUCUUGGCUCCGGAAAUGCACAUCAAAGAUAUUUAACCUUUCCCCAGGUAAAAAGAAUGAGCCUGGUUCUUUACAGAGUCCGACUGAUGUUGUUGAGAACAUGGAAGAACCAUCAAAGCAAUUAAAUUCCACUGUAAAUGAACGGGAGUCAUCUUUUGCAAUUGGAAAUGAUUUGUUGGAUCUCCAGAGGCAGUCAGACUCUAGCAUCAGAGAGGUUGAAGCUACUCAGGAUUUGUCAGUUGACAAUCAGAGCAACGUUAACAGUGAGGCUCUGGAAAUUCAGGAAGAGACUCAGCCAUCUAAUUUAAAGCGUGACAGCCAGCCUCACAAGAGACGCAGGCCAAGAGUUAGCAGAACCCGCUCGGUGAAGGCAGUUGUACAGGAUGCCAAGGCUAUAUUAGGGGAAUCAUUGGAAGUAAAUGAGACUGAAGACUCUAGCCAUCUGAAAGCUGAAAGCCGCGAUGAGUCUAGUCUUGCAGACAAAGGAACUUCAAGAAAUGCCCGGAAGCGGAACCGUGCUCGUGCAUCUCAGAAUACGGUGAGUGAACAUGAUGUUGGAGAAAGUGAGGGACAUUCUGAUAGUGUCACAGCUGGCAAGCGCAGGAAGAGGCAACAAAAAGUUGCUCCUGUUCAAGCCCCAGGUGAAAAGCGAUAUAAUCUUCGACGACCCAAGCGUGGAGUCACAGUUGUAACUGAUAAAGCCUUGUCAGGCAACAACGGGAAAGAUAAGGAAGAAGGUGUUAGGGGUCUGACUUCAACGGGGAUGGUUAGUGAGAAUGGUGGGGGUCAACACACUGCGCAGUUGGAGAAGGUCUCGGACAAUCAGGAUGGUGAUGCUGAUACACCCAGAAACCUGGUUGACAGUGCUGCUGCAUUGAGUGAGGAGGUGAAUGGUACUCCAGAAGCAGCUGGUCAGUAUGGUGUUGGAGAUGAGUACAGGAGUGAAUCCCAUAUAGAAGAUGAGGAGGAUGACGAGGAAGAAGAGCCUGAACAUCCUGGUGAAGUCUCAAUUGGGAAGAAGCUGUGGACUUUCUUCACAACGUAAUGAUUGAAUCUUGUGCUUGGUUGGGUGGCUUUGAUGGAAAUUGUUUUAAUUUUUUUUUUGUUAGGAUUUGCUGUUAGAGGUCGUUUGUGUAUUAGUGUGUAUUAACAAAUCAAAUGUAGUUAUGAAGUCUUAAUCCAGGUGGAGGGAUAUUGUUUUCUUUGGCCCUCGUUUUCUUUUGGUUAGGAUUCUCAGGGUUUUUGGGGGCUGUUAUAAUUUAGUACAUGCUUAGAUGAUUUGAUGUAGCAACGACCAGUGUAAUAUUAAACACUGGAGGCAUCUUCCACAUUAUCCAAAUUGUUUGUAUCAAAAGUGCUUGUAUUUUUAUC